UCCCUCUGCCUAUCCCCUGGCUUCCCUUGGCCAUCUUCCCGGCCCCUGAGGUAUCCCAGAUUAAGCGGGUGGUACUGGCCCUUUAAACGUGACCUGCGGGGGCCGACGGAGCUAAACCUGACGUGGAACCGGGGAGCAAGCGGUGCCAGACACGUGGUUUGAGGAGGCGUUCAUCUUGGAAAUGGGCAAGAAGUUUUUCCGCUCCCAGCUAUACUCUUUAAUCUGAUAUUAGAACAGUAUCCACCCUUGUUUGUCUUUCUUGAAUUGUUUUUCCAGUACUCUCAUGAUGAUUCGAUUCUCGUACAAAGGAUGUAGUUUAAAAUAAUACCUCUUAUGCCCAUAUUAAAAAUGGCUUUCAGCGCCUUACACAGCGAUAGUUGCUCCGCGAACAAGAUCCGGGAGGAAACAGUGGCAGCAGCAGCAGCAGCGAAAAGCCAAGGUUGUUUUACAGAGACUCGCGGGAGUCCCGCCGGCGGCUCAAGUCAGACUGGUUGGGUUUUGCUCAGGCUACAGUGUGGGAAGACCUAGUCUGUGGGGGAGAGGCCACUCCUUACUGCUGAGGCCUCAGGUCUUCUGCCCAGCUUGCCUGUUAGCUGAAGAGGCGGCGGAGCGGGGGCCCCGGGCCGGUCACCAUGUGGGCCUUCCCGGAGUUGCUGCCGCUGCUGGUGAACUUGAUCGGCUCGCUGCUGGGAUUCGUGGCCACGCUCACUCUCAUCCCGGCCUUCCGUGACCACUUCAUUGCCGCGCGUCUCUGUGGGCAGGACCUCAACAAAUCUGGCCGGCAGCAGAUCCCAGAGUCCCAGGGAGUGAUCAGCGGUGCUGUUUUCCUUAUCAUCCUCUUCUGCUUCAUCCCCUUUCCCUUUCUGAACUGCUUUGUGGAGGAGCAGUGUAAGGCCUUCCCCCACCAUGAAUUUGUGGCCCUGAUAGGUGCCCUCCUUGCCAUCUGCUGCAUGAUUUUCCUGGGCUUUGCGGACGAUGUACUGAAUCUGCGCUGGCGCCAUAAGCUGCUGCUGCCCACGGCUGCCUCACUACCCCUUCUUAUGGUCUAUUUCACCAACUUUGGCAACACAACCAUUGUGGUACCCAAGCCCUUCCGUCCGAUUCUUGGCCUGCAUCUGGACUUGGGCAUCCUGUACUAUGUCUACAUGGGGCUGCUGGCAGUGUUCUGUACCAAUGCCAUCAAUAUUCUAGCAGGAAUCAAUGGGCUAGAGGCUGGCCAGUCGCUAGUCAUUUCUGCUUCCAUCAUUGUCUUCAACCUGGUGGAGCUGGGAGGUGAAUAUCGGGAUGACCAUGUCUUUUCCCUCUACUUCAUGAUACCUUUUUUUUUCACCACCCUGGGAUUGCUCUACCAUAACUGGUACCCUUCACAGGCGUUUGUGGGUGAUACCUUCUGUUACUUUGCUGGCAUGACCUUUGCCGUGGUGGGCAUUUUGGGACACUUCAGCAAGACCAUGCUACUCUUCUUCAUGCCCCAGGUGUUGAACUUCCUCUACUCACUGCCUCAGCUCCUGCACAUCAUCCCAUGCCCUCGCCACCGUAUACCCAGACUCAAUAUCCAAACAGGCAAAUUGGAGAUGAGCUAUUCCAAGUUCAAGACCAAGAGCCUCUCUUUCUUGGGCACCUUUAUUCUAAAGGUAGCCAAGAAUCUCCGGCUAGUGACAGUGCGGCAGAAUGAGAAUGAGGAUGGUGCCUUCACUGAGUGUAACAACAUGACCCUCAUCAACUUGCUGCUCAAAAUCUUUGGGCCCAUGCAUGAGAAAAACCUCACAUUGCUCUUGCUGCUGCUGCAGAUCCUGGGCAGUGUUGUCACCUUCUCCAUUCGGUAUCAGCUUGUCCGACUCUUCUAUGAUGUCUGAGUCCCCUGAUCAUUGCUCUCUACCUCGAAGUCUCCAGGGUUCCCAACUCAAGCUGGGCUCUUUCUGAACCAAGACUGUCUCCCAGUCCAGGCCUCUACCAUCCUUUCAUUCUCCUCCAGAAUUUGUUUUCAGCUUUUCCCUUCCCCUUUGAUACCCUCUUCAUGACCAUUGGUUGGGCUUUGCCUAUGGCUUUCUUCAACUUGCCACUCUCUUCCUCUCCAUCCUGUCUUUGCAGCCCCUUGAGGUGGGAUAUGGCAACUUUUAUGGAGUUAUCCACAACUCAACUCUCAGAGUCCUGACAGCUAUGGAAUAUGAUGGGCCUUGGGAUAGAACCUGGGCUGGGGACAGAGGCACAGACCUGAAGGUGACUUGACAUUUGACUAUAAAUUAAGUGUUCUGAUUAGUAAGAGCAGACCAGGGAGCCAGGUGCUCCCACUGGUGACAAUAAAGUGAUGUCUUUUUAUUGUUG